UAUACAAAUAAAAUAUUCUAUCGAUUCUUAUGUUUAAAGGAACGCUUGGACAGACUUUUAAGCAAUGUGUGGCCUUAUAAAGCUUUAAAGCAUCUGUUAAUGUCUUUAGAAAUGGAUGAGUUUUGGGGAUUAACACUAGUUUAUUAAAUAUUUAGUGUUAAUCUCCAACUCUGAAUAAAGGCUUUAAAGCCUUUAUUCUGAAUCCUUUGGCUUUGAACUUAACAGAUUUCACAGCCUUGGAGGCAAAGGAUCUUUAACUGAUUGGUACAGAAAAUGUCAGUACUUUCCCUAAAUGAAGUCGGAAAGUAUUUUUUAAUGUACCAAAAUAAUUUGUACAGCCAGAUUUUACUGACAAAGGAUCUAACGCUUCUUGACUGUUUAAUAAAUAUGAAAGCAUAUUUAAAGUAUAUAACAGUCAAGUGAAUUAUGAUUUCCUACAUUAAAUAAAUUUUUUAUUUCCCUUGAGUAUUAAUUUUUUCUCCAGUUUUCAAUUUUUUAAAUUUCAGAUUUACAAAAAUUUUUAUUUAAUGACAACUUGGGAUUUUCAUGAAAAUAAAUAGCAACAAAUAAUAAUUAUUUUUUAAAAUAAUUUAAUAAUAAAGAAUGUUUCCUUCUCCCCAUCAACGACAAAAACAAAAUGUAAAAUCAAAUGUUAAACCAGGAUUUUAUACAAUUGAAUUAAACAAAUCUGUUUGGGUUAUUCCUGAAUGUUAUCAAAAACUUACUCCCGUGGGGACUGGUGCUUAUGGAGCUGUUUGCUCUGCUGAAUGUAUAACUACCGGUGAUCGAGUUGCAAUUAAAAAAUUUACUCGUCCAUUCCAAAGCCCAAUCCAUGCAAAAAGAACACAAAGGGAAUUGAGACUUUUACGUUUAAUGAGACACGAAAAUGUUAUUGAUUUAUAUGAUAUGUUUACUCCUGAUAAUUCUGCUGAAACUUUAGAGGAUGUUUAUUUUGUUUCAAUUUUAAUGGGUGCAGACCUUUCAAAUAUUUUAAAGAUUCAGCGACUUAGUGAUGAUCACAUUCAAUUUUUGGUUUAUCAAAUAUUACGUGCCCUAAAAUAUAUUCAUUCAGCAGGAAUUAUCCACAGAGAUUUAAAGCCCUCAAAUAUAGCUGUAAAUGAAGAUUGUGAAUUAAAAAUUUUGGAUUUUGGUUUGGCUAGACAAGCAGAUCAAGAAAUGACUGGGUAUGUGGCUACACGUUGGUAUAGGGCACCUGAAAUUAUGUUAAAUUGGAUGCAUUAUACACAAACUGUUGAUAUUUGGUCUGUUGGUUGUAUUAUGGCAGAAUUGAUAACUGGAAAAACAUUAUUUCCUGGAGCUGAUCAUAUUGACCAAUUAACACGUAUAAUGUCUGUUUGUGGAACUCCUAGUGAAGAAUUUUUAAAAAAAAUUUCGUCAGAAGAAGCUCGAAAUUAUAUUAGAAAUAUGCCUAGAAUUGAAAGAAAAAAUUUUAAAUCCUUUUUCCAAGCGGCAACUCCUGAAGCUGUUGAUUUUCUUGAAAGAACGUUAAAUUUAGAUCCAGAUUAUAGGCCAACAGCUGCACAAGCUAUGGAACAUCCCUAUUUCAAACAAUAUCACGAUCCAAAUGAUGAACCUAUUGCUGAUUCUCAUAUAGAAGUAGAUAUAGAACAAGAUUUGAGUAUUGAUCAAUGGCGUCAAAUGAUUUGGACUGAAAUUGAAGAAUUUCAAUUACAACAACAACGAAUUCAAAGCGAACAACAACAAAAAGAACAUCAAAAACAAAAUGAUAAUAUUGUGGAAGAAUCAGAAAUGAUUUAA